UAAUAAUACACGAAAUCGUUCCUUUGCUUGCUGGUGAUUUGUUUUGAUAUCAAAAGAAUAGUUUUGCGAGGAGCAGAAAGCAACCAUCGGAUACCGAAAACAUCGCUUCCUACUUUCGCACUUCCGCCAGUUCCCACGCGCCAUGGUAAUGUUGCGUUCGGUGCUCUCCACCGCACGACGUGUUCCGCUGAUCAAGUUCCGCAAGGGUGGCCCUUUCCUGGAAGCGGCGAGUCACACCGCGGGCGGUGCAACCGGUUCUGCUGCUACCACAGCAGCUCCAGCGCACGCCCGAUCCGUGUCGUCGGGAGAGGCGAUCGAAGAAUGGCAGCUGCCGGCACGCUACCGCAGGAAACCGAUCGAUGACGUCGAGAUGGAAUGGAUCAACCGUGGUGGACCGCCGGCUUAGACCUUGGAUGACGGUUGCGUCGUGCGUAAUUUCCCCCCUCCCGGACCAUCCUCGUGACGGUUUCGUGCGAGAUUUGGGAGGGGGCACGUGCGUGUUCCCUAGUCAGUAAUUGAAACAAGCGGCAGGCGCAGUGGCAGCAGAGACAACAUUUACGUGGCCCUAGUAGUUUCUUAAAAAGCGAUAUGUAUUUUACGGCAAACUGAUUAUCCUAAAUUGGAACCGCUACCUAAAUUGGAAAGUGAGCAAACAACCAACAACAACAACUAGUGGAUCUUCUUUGGGAGAAUGUACUGUGCGGUGACCAUCUUCCUCCGAGCCGAGCAGUUGAUUGCAAGCUUUCGUGAAGCAAAUAAAUAUUCUAUCGAUAUCGAGAAUGGUGCUAAUAUUAACGAA